AAGCGGGUGGGCGGCGGGCCGGGGGCGCGCCGGGAGUGUGGCCGCGUCCCUGUGGCCCUGGGAGCGUGUCCCUGUCCGUGCGGCAGCGGGAACCACGCCGGGAGCGGGGCCGAGCCCCUGCAGCGCCGGGAACGGUGGGAGGCGCGGGCCCCUGUGAAGUAUCACCUUUCAUCCAGGAUGCUGCUACUGUGAAUGAGUUUUUGUGAUAAACACUUCCCUUAGGUUAAAGUCAUGUUUUGUGACAUUUGAAGAGCAAACAAUACUAUGGCUCCAUGAAUUUCAAAACUGCAGGAAGUGUGGCAGCCCUCCCUACCUCCAACUUUCCUUCCCUACUGUGACGUUCUUAUUGGGAACUGUGGUUUCAUCCCCACUGGAUAUGCAGUGACCUGCCUUGGCAUCAGAGCAGAGGAAGCAGUUUGUGAAUCAGGGAAAGCCAUGGCCUUGGGCUUGAAUGUUUAUCACCUCUUCUAUAAGUUCAAAGUGUUGGUGCUUGUCACUUCGCUUUUGAUGGUGCUAUGGACCACAUUCAGUUACUUAGUGGACACCAGACAGGAAAUUCCUAAAGCUAAGAGCAUGGUGGAAUUUUUCAGGAAGGUAACUAGCCUGGAGCACAGUCAAAAGGAAGAGAAGAUCAAAUCCACUGCAGACAUUCCCAUGGUGAAGUCAUUUCAGGGUCCCUGCCCAGCUGUGUCCCCAUACCUGCGAGGUGCCAGCAAACUCUCCUUCAAACCAUCUGUUACACUGGAAGAAGUGCAAAAGGAGAACCCUCAGGUAGCCAAGGGCCGGUACCACCCUGUGGAGUGCUCAGCCCUGCAGCAUGUGGCCAUCCUUAUCCCUCACCGCAACCGAGAGAAGCAUCUGCUGUACCUCCUGCAGCAUCUCCACCCCUUCCUGCAAAGGCAGCAGCUGGAUUAUGGCAUCUACGUCAUUCACCAGGCUGGCAACACCAAAUUUAAUCGAGCUAAACUGCUGAAUGUAGGAUACCUAGAGGCCCUAAAAGAAGCAAGCUGGGACUGUUUCAUUUUCCAUGAUGUGGAUCUGGUGCCAGAAAAUGACUUUAACAUUUACAUGUGUGACACACAACCAAAGCACCUUGUAGUUGGCAGGAACAAUACUGGAUACAGGUUACGGUACCGGGGCUAUUUUGGAGGUGUAACUGCUCUUACAAGAGAUCAGUUUUCCAAAGUGAAUGGAUUCUCUAACAGCUACUGGGGUUGGGGUGGAGAAGAUGAUGACCUUCGAAUCAGGGUUGAGAUGCAGAAGAUGAAAGUGGUGAGGCCGCCUGCUGAUGUGGCCAGGUACACGAUGAUCUUCCACAACCGUGACCACGGUAACGAGGAGAAUCGAGAGAGGAUGAAGCUGCUCCGUCAGGUCUCUAGAACAUGGAAGACAGACGGGCUGAAUUCCUGUUCCUACAAACUGCUCUCAGUGGAACACAACCCGCUGUACAUCAACAUCACGGUGGAUUUCAGGGUGCAGCCCAAGGUCUCAUAGGGGCCAGCACCUCCCAGGUUACAGGAAAUGGCAACAGAUCUCCUUUGUGGCUGCUGUUAGAGCAGAUGACUUCCAGCACCUGCUUGGAAGAGUCCUUCAGUAGCACAGGAAAAAGUAAAGUGUUCCUUCACAGCAUCUCAUUGAGUGGUUGAGAGUUUCCUUUUGUGAGGACUGGAGUUAGAGACUGACCCAAGGGACAGGUCCUUGUGUUCUUCUAUGCACUUUUUGCUGGGACAUUGGAAAAAGUGUCCUUGUUUGGGCUGGUCCAGUGGAAGCACUUGAACCAAGUCCCUGAAAAAAAAAUUUGGUUUGCAACUAUUUCUAAACUUAUUUGUGGUUUCAUUAAAAGCACAGUAAUUCUUCAAGAAUUACAAACUUGAUGAGAAAAGUUAAUUUUUUCUAGCCUAAGGAAAAACUGCUUAUGUGUGAGGGAAGGGCAGUAAUGGUAAUGGGUAAGGGGGUGUUACAAAUCUCUCAAUAAAAUGCAGUUCACUGAA